AUGCCAACAUUAUUUUGGGAACGACUUCAAAAACAUUUAUCAUCUUCUAAUUUUAUUGAUAAUUCUAAACUAGAAAAAAUUAUGAAUAAACGAAAAUAUUCUAAUUUCAAUCUUGAUACAUGUGAUGAACCUGAUUCACCUUGGUAUACUGGUUCUAAUACAAUAAAAAAACAAAAACGUUUAACUACUUCUUCCAUGCCUUUAUCUACAUCGAAUCGUAAAUCUUCAAAAUUAAUUGAUAAAACUUCAUCUAUAGAAAAUAUUGAUGAUGAUGAUGAUCUUAUCAUUCCAUUAAAACGUACAACACGAAAAAAGAAACCUCAAAUAAUAGUCUCAUCUGAUUCUGACUCUGAUGCAACAAUUAUUAUUGAUGAUGAUGACGAUGAUGAAGAUAAAGAACAACGAAAACCUAUUAAAAAGAAAGUUGUACAUCGACCCGAAAUAGCUGAAAAUAAAUUAAAUAUAGAAACAAAACAAGCUAUGAAAGAACAAACUGAACGUGAUAAACGUAUUCAAAUUCAACAAGAACAUGAAGAAUUAGCUCGUUUAGAACGUAUUCGAAAACAAAAAGAAUAUAAUGGAGAUAUACUUACAAAACAUGAACAAAAACACUUACCAGUUGCAUUUGAAUUAGUACUUGAAACAGAUCCAAAUACAAAUGAUAUUAUUAUUGAAGUUGAUUUAAUGCUUGUUCAAUAUAUGAAACAACAUCAAGUCGAAGGUGUUCGAUUUCUUUGGAAUCAAGUAUUUGAAUCAACAGCACGAAUUGCAGCUAGUAUUAAUAAAGAAACAAAUGAAGAUCAUGGAGGUUCAGGUGCUAUUUUAGCUCAUUGUAUGGGUUUAGGUAAAACAUUUACAACUAUAUCAUUGAUUCAUACAUUAUUUCGUUAUCCAAAAUUAACUCAUAUUCAUCGAGUAUUAAUACUUUGUCCAUUAAAUACUGCAAAUAAUUGGAAAAAUGAAUUUCGACAAUGGAUAGGUGAUCUUGAACCAUGUAUUAAUGUUUAUUUAUUCAGUGCUGAUGAUAUACAAAAAAAAGAUCGUAUACAAUUUCUUCGUUGUUGGUAUGAAGGUGGUGGUAUAUUAAUAAUGGGUUAUGAAAUGUAUCGUUUAUUAAAUUAUGCAUCGGAACCAACUAUUAAAACUUCAAGUAAAACUGCAAAGAAAAAACAAAGAUCAACUGAAGAUAAUGAUGAUGAUUCAUCAAAUAGGAAUGAUGAAGGAUGGACAAAAAAGCCAACUAAAACUAAGGCUAAUUUAGCUACUAUUGAAAAAUAUCGAAAAUAUCUUCGUUCACCUGGUCCAGAUUUAAUUGUCUGUGAUGAAGGCCAUAUAAUUAAAAAUCCAAAGAGUGCUAUUGCUCGUACAGUAAAUGAAGUACGUACAUUACGUCGAAUUGUGUUGACUGGUACACCAAUGCAAAAUAAUUUAAAAGAAUAUUAUGCUAUGAUUAAUUUUUGUAAACCAAAUUAUCUUGGUACGGAACAUGAAUUUUCUCGAAAUUUUCGAAUACCUAUCGAAGCUGGUCAACAUAAAGAUAGUUCACCAGGUGAUGUAGCAUAUAUGAGACGUCGAGCAUAUGCAUUAAAUCAACGUUUAAAGACUAUUCUUCAUCGACGUGAUUUUGAUGUAUUACGUUCAUUUUUACCACCAAAAUUCGAAUAUGCUGUAAAAAUAAAAUGUAUGCCAUUACAACAAGAACUCUAUCAAACAUAUUUAUUAAUUCAAAAUAUUGAUCCAACAGCUCGACUAAAUAUGGCUAAAUUACUCACAGAUUAUCAAUAUUUGAUGAAGAUCUGGACACAUCCAUGGCUUCUUAAACCUCAUUUUAUUGAUGGUUAUCAAAAAUAUUUAAGAGGUCAAGAUCAAGUAGAAACGGAUCAAUUUUUUCAAGAUGAUCCGGAUGAUAUCGAAGAUGAAUACGAAGGAUCACGAACUCAAAAACGUACUAAACAAGCAUCUAAAGACAAAAUUACACCAUCAACAACUACUACCACUUCUCGAUCGGUAAUCAGCAAAUAUUUUUCAAAUACGAAUGAUCGAGAUGAUACAAUAAGUACUGAUAGAAUGGCAAACGUAUUAAAAGCAAUGAAAAAAGAAUGGUGGUAUGAUAUGUUCGAUGUAGAACAAUCACAAUUUGAUAUUGAACUUUCGGGUAAAUUUGAAUUAUUUCGAGCAAUUUUAAAUGAAUGUGAAUCAAUUGGUGAUAAAUUAUUGGUAUUUACUCGAAGUCUUCUUUCACUUGAUUAUAUUGAACAAUGGCUUGAACGUUGGAGUACAAGAGCACCUUCACCAAAAUGGAUUAAGGGUACUGAUUAUUUUCGUAUGGAUGGAAAAGUUCCAAUUAAACAACGAGCAAUUGAUAUAAAAACAUUUAAUGAAAUUGAAAAUACUCGAGCACGUUUAUUUCUUAUAUCAACUAUGGCUGGUGGUAUUGGUAUAAAUCUUUAUUCAGCUAAUCGUGUUAUUAUUUUUGAUGUUAGUUGGAAUCCAGCACAUGAUCUUCAAGCUAUGUUUCGUUCAUAUCGACUUGGACAAAAGAAACCAGUCUAUAUUUAUCGCAUUAUUGGUAAAGGUACCAUGGAAGAAAAAAUCUAUAAACGUCAAAUUACUAAACAAGCUAUGUCACAACGUGUUGUUGAUUCUAAACAACUUGAUCGACAUUUUACAAAUGAUGAACUUUCUCAACUUUAUCGAUUUGAACCAGAUAAUGAAGAUGAUCCAUUGGAUAAAUAUGAUGCUGAUAGAGUUAAAGAUAAAAUCUUAAGAAAAUUAAUGGAUAAUUUUGAAGAUUUAAUUGUAUCAUAUCG